UUUUACGGCCGACCUCGGGAGUCUCGAAUUCUUUCCAGAGCAGCCACGGAACCACGUGCUCUUCGGCUGAGCCUAUGGGGUGCGAAUGAUUUCAUGCAGGAAUAGAAGUGUCAGGGCUGGACCCGAGCAGGGGCCUGAGCCCCUGGGGAGACGUUGUGAGCGGCGGUCCUCAGCCCGAGGAACCUAGCUGCCGGCGAGCCGUCCAAGCCCGGAGUGGAGUAAUGAUUAACUGAGCUUCCUCCGGGAGGGAGGGCGGAAACAGUUAAACUCCCGUGACAGCUGCAAUCAUUUAGGCGUGGUUUUCUAGUCUGGCUCAGGCUGCACAAGAUCCUGGGCCAAGGGGCAGAGGAAGGACGGCUCCGGCGCCAGAGUCUUCCAGAUGGCUGAGUUGGAUCUGAUGGCUCCAGGGCCACUGCCCGGGAUCGCCACUCACGCUCUGGCCACUGUCAGCCCAGACUCGGGGUCGGGUAGCCCCGCCGAAGAAGAGGACACGGGCUCCCCGGGGAGCUCUCAGGGGGAGACGGAGGGACAGGGCAGCGGCUCUGCAGGGCAGGGGGGUCCUGACGGCGAGGGGGAGGCGGAGAUCCUGUGUGAUUUCUGCCUCGGGACCGGCAGGGUGAAGGCGGUGAAGUCCUGCCUGACCUGCAUGGUGAAUUACUGCGAGGAGCACCUGCGGCCUCACCAGGAAAACAGCAAACUGCACAGCCACCAGCUGACCGAGCCUGUGAAGGACCGGGACCUGCGCACCUGCCCUGCCCACCGCAGCCCCCUGGUCGCCUUCUGCCGCCCCGACGGGCAGUGCAUCUGCCAGGAGUGUGGCCAGGACGAGCACAAGGGCCACGCCUCGGUCUCCUUGGAUGACGCCCGCAGGGACAAGGAGGCUGAGCUUCGGGACACCCGGUUAGAGCUGGAGCGGAAACUCAGGUUGAACGAAAACGCCAUCGCCAGGCUCCAAGCCAAUCACAAAUCCGUUUUGCUGUCGGUGUCAGAGGUGAAGGUGGUGGCUGAGGAGCAGUUUGGGGAGCUGCUUGCUGCCAUGAGGAAGGCCCAGGCCGAUGUGAUGCUCUUCCUGGAGGAGAAGGAGCAAGCUGCUCUGAGCCAGGCCAACGGCAUCAAGACGCACCUGGAGCAUAGGAGCGCACAGAUGGAGAAGAGCAGGCAGGAGCUGGAGAGGAUUGCUGCCAUCAGCAACACCGUCCUGUUCCUGGAGGAGUACUGCAAGUUUAAGAACACUGAGGACAGUGCCUUCCCUAGUGUUUACAUCGGACUCAAGGACAAGCUCUCGGGCAUCCGCAGGGUCAUCACAGACUCCACGGUGCACUUAAUCCAGUUGCUGCAGAACUACAAGGAGAAGCUCCAGGAUUUCUCCAAGGAAGAGGAGUAUGAUAUCAGCACUCAAGUGUCUACUGUUGUCGAGCGCAAGUAUUGGACCUCAAAACCCGCGCCCAGCACCAGGCAACAGUUCCUCCAGUAUGCGUGUGACAUCUCCUUUGACCCGGACACGGCUCACAGGUAUCUCCGGCUGCAGGAGGACAAUCGCAAGGUCACCAACACCACGCCCUGGGAGCAUCCCUACCCGGACCUCCCCAGCAGGUUUGUGCACUGGCGGCAGGUGCUGUCCGCACAGAGCCUAUACCUGCACAGGUACUACUUCGAAGUAGAGAUCUCCGGGGCAGGCACCUAUGUUGGCCUGACCUGCAAAGGCAUCGACCGGAAAGGGGAGGAGCGCAAUGGUUGCAUUUCUGGAAACAACUUCUCCUGGAGCCUCCACUGGAAUGGGAAGGAGUUCACAGCCUGGCACAGUGACACGGAAACCCUGCUCAAAGCCAGCCCUUUCCGGAGGCUGGGGAUCUACGUGGACUUUCUGGGGGGGAUCCUCUCCUUCUUUGGGGUAGAGCCCGAUGCCAUGGCUCUGAUUCACAAGUUUGAGUGCAAGUUUUCAGAGCCCGUCUACCCUGCCUUCUGGCUUUCCAAGAAGGAAAAUGCCAUCCGGAUCAUGGAUCUGGGAGAGGAGCCUGAGAAGUCAAUGGCAACUUCUGCUGAGGCUGCUCCCUAGACCCCAGACUCUUGCUGACCACAGAGACAGGGCAGAAGCCUGCAUCUUAAGGGGGACCUGGGGAUGGAAAUGUCUGCCACUGGUAGCUGGCUUUAGGAGUCACGUGGGUCCCUGCACAUGGAGAGAGGUCUCUGGCUUUUUCCUUUUGCUCCCUGCUGUGCUGUUCUCUGUUAGAGCGUGCCCUAGGCACCUACACCCCGUUUCUCAUCUUCUAGUGAUAUUCUCCUGUCUGCUCAGGUGAAUGUCGGAGCAAUCAAAAAGAUGGCAGAGUAAUCAGAAUCAAUGGCAAGCUCUAUUUUACAUUGCCUACCCCCAGACACUGUUCUGGAUGCUGUGUGGCCGUUGACUCCACCUUCACAGCAGCCCCCUGUGGGUAGAGGCUCCUAUCAUCCUCAUUUUGCAGAUGGGGAACCUCUGUUCCCGGGUGUGUGUGUGUGUGUGUGUGUGUGUGUGUGUGUGUGUGUGUGUAUGUGUAUGUGUAUGUCAGUGAACUUGCUCAAAGUCAUUGCGCUCACACGGCGAGCAAGUAGCAGAGCUGGGAUUGGAACCUGGGCAGGCCAAUGCGGAGAUUGUAACCACCACACCAUGCUGCCCUCCUCAUUCCAUCAUGGGUACUGUGGGUAAGGGAAUAAGCUACAUGAUGAACUCCUCAGCAUGGACAUCCAAUGUCUUAAACCCUCAGUGUCUUUGCACCCACUCCGUCUGGCUGGGUCAUGCAGCUGAGACCUCCCUACCUCAACAGCAGCUCAUCUGCUUUUUGGAUAGUAAAAAUGAUAAGAAAUGUCUUUCCAGAGUCCGAGUCUUAGUCCUCAUGACCUCUGAGGGGGUGUCUCAGCUCGAGAUGUGGACUUGUCUGAUUUCUCAUUCAGAGGACAGUCCUUCAAAUAUUUGGAGGCAGUUCUCAUACACAUCCCCCAGGGAAGUAGUCUGGUUUUCAUGCUCCAUUUCCCACUUUUCUUCAUCACUGCUGGGUCUUUUCCUAUGAACUGUGUCAGGCAAGUCUCUCUUCCUCUUUAAUAGCUGUUGGUCCUUUCUCAAGAGUCCAUUUCUUUACGUCGCUUGUCUUGUUUCCAGAGACCCUGUCCUCUAUUUGUAUCCAAGGAUUUAUACAGUGUAGGAUUUGAAUUUUUUAUCAGAUUUUUUUAAAUUUGAAUUUUGUUAAGUUUUUUUUUACUUGAAUUUAAAAUUUCAUUGCAUCAUUGCUGCCCGCUAAGAUACUUUUGAUUCAUGAUUCUGCAUCCAACAGAUGAGCACUCCUUCCUAGCCUGGUGUCACCUACAGAGUUGGUAAACUUUUCUUCUGAAGUGUUAAUCUUGUUGAUACAUAUUGAUUAGGGGAGGGCCAAGUAUGGACUCUGGCAGCCCCCAGUCGAUACCUUUUGGGUUUAGUUAUGUAAUAAGUUACAUAUUAUAAGUUGGUAAACCUGUACAUUAAUAUAGCCCACUUUUAACCCUUUAUUCACCAGACACCAGGAAGAACUUUUCCAAAGGCAGAAAUCAAGACAUGUCUGCCUUUCCUUGCUCUGCCUGUCUCACAAUGCUCUCAAAAGAGAAAAUGAGAUCAGCUUGGCCUGCCUUGUUUUUACUGAACCGCUAUGGGUUAAUUGGUGCUGGCUGCUUUAUUUUCUAAAUGCUCACCAAUUGCUCCAUUAAGCUAUUUUAGGAUUCCUUUGCCGUGAGUUAACAUCAAGGUGAUGAGUGUGCUGUUUCCAGAACCUACCUUAUUUUUCUUUUUAAAAAUUAAGACAGUUUCAUGUGUCCCCAUCCUCUACCACUUUUCCUAAUUUCUUGAAGAUUACUGCCUGGCUUUUGGUCACAUUGGUCAACAGUGUCAGUGUCGUGAGAUGUAAUUCGUUUAGGUCAGAAUGCCUGAGCCCUUGGGAGUCUCCUUAGCUGACUUGAACUUCAUUUCCCUGCUAGCUCCUUUUGUUUAUUCAGUUUCAGUGUCAACACUUCCUUUCUUGAUAGAAAAGAUCAAAGCAAAAUUGAGAGUUAGAAACAUCUACUUUCUGCCCGUCAUUACUUCCAUUGAUGGGCAUAUCUUUUUUCUUAUUCUUGGUCCUCAAACUGGAAUUGCCUAAAAUGAACAAAUUAAAAAAAAAUAAAACAAGA